AUGGACGGCACACCAGCUCGAGCUCUGUUACCCCGUCAGACUCAGGAUCCUACCGGUAGCUACGGCACGGGCAAUGAAUUCUUGAGCCUCCUUUCCUCGCCCUUUGACGUCAAGUUGGGAUGGAACUCCGUCCUCUCCGCCAUCAUCUUCUCCCUCGUCUUCACAGCCGUCAUCGUCGUUGGCUUCUGCUUCAUCCGCCCCUACAACAACGUCGUCUAUGCCCCGCGAGCGAAGCAUGCAGACAGCAAGCAUGCCCCCCCUCCCAUCGACAGAGGCCUGUUCGGCUGGAUUAAGACCCUCAUCAAGACGAAAGAGCCGGAAUUGGUGGAGAAGCUGGGAUUGGAUGCCGCAGUCUUCCUGCGCUUCCUUCGCAUGAUGCGCAACCUCUUCAUCACCUUGACAGUGGUGGGUUGCGGCAUCAUCAUCCCGGUGAACAUGAUCAGCUCGCCGAGCUCCGCCCUCUUCCUCAUCCGCUUCACACCAUCCUUCAUGUCCAAUAGCUCGCUUGCCUGGGCAUACGUCGUGGUGUCGUAUCUGUUCGAUGGCAUCAUCUUCUACUUCCUCUGGUACACCUACCGGAAUAUCCUCCGGCUGAGGAGAGCCUACUUCGAGACUCCUGAGUAUCAGCACAGUCUGCAUGCCCGGACAUUACUUCUGACAGACCUCCCACGAGCGCUUCGAAGUGAUGAGGGCAUUGUACAGAUUACCGAGCGUCUCGGGUCGGCCGGCGCUGCGCCUCGACCUGCCGUGGCUCGCAAUGUGCGAGACUUGCCAGAGCUGGUGGAAGAGCAUGAAGAGUCGGUGCGAGAAUUGGAGAAGGUGCUGGCGAAAUACCUCAAGAACCCCAACAAAUUACCCGCCAAACGACCAACAUGCAAGGCAUCGAAGAACGACAAAGCGUUCAAAUCCGGACAGCAAGUGGACGCCAUCGAAUACUUGACUCACCGCAUCAAAGAGCUCGAGGGCCAAGUCAAGGAGGUGCGCCUGUCCGUCGACCAGCGCAACCCAAUGUCGUACGGCUUUGCCUCCUACGACAGCAUCCCCGCCGCACACACGGCGGCCUAUGCUGCUCGCAAAGGAACACCCGAAAAGGCGAUUGUUCGACUAGCGCCCAAGCCGCAGGAUCUGAUCUGGAAGAAUCUGGCGAUGAUGAAGAAACAGCGAGACUGGCAGAACUUUAUCAAUAACCUUUGGGUCGCCCUCCUUACCGUCGCCUGGAUCGCACCCAACAUUCUAAUCGCGGUCUUCUUGUCCAACUUGGCCCAUCUGGGACUGGUCUGGCCCUCGUUUCAGAGAACCCUGUAUGCGCAUCCAACGUUUUGGGCGCUGGUACAGGGUAUUGCCUCGCCCGCCAUCACAACCGCCUUUUAUUACUUUCUGCCAGCCAUCAUGCGCAAGCUGGUCACCAGAGCAGGAGAUGUCACGAGAACGGGCAGGGAACGACACGUGCUCGAUAAGCUGUUCUCAUUCUUCAUCUUCAACAAUCUGGUUGUCUUUUCGCUCUUCUCCGCCAUUUGGGGCUUCGUCGCCGCCGUGAUUCAGGACAGCAACACGAAUGGACAGAAUGCCUGGGAUGCGAUCAAGAACAACAACCCUUUCGAUCGAAUCAUCCUCGCCCUCAUUACAGUCACACCCUACUGGUGCAGUUGGCUGCUCCAGCGGAAUUUGGGUGCGGCUAUCGACCUCGGCCAGCUGGUGUCGCUCACAUGGGGUUCCAUUUCUCGUCGCUUCCUGAGCCCUACACCCAGAGAGCUCAUUGAGCUCACGGCUCCCCAGCCGUUCCAAUACGCCGCCUAUUACAACUACUUCAUCUUUUACGCGGCAGUCGCUCUGUGUUUCGGCCUCCUGCAGCCCCUCGCCCUGGCCAUCACCGCGCUAUACUUUUCCCUCGACUCCUUCGCCAAGAAGUACAUGAUUAUGUACAUCUUCAUCACAAAGUACGAGUCGGGCGGCAUGUUCUGGAAAGCGCUUUUCGAUCGAAUGCUCAUCGCUACCGGCCUCGGAAACGUGGUCAUCGCUUGUUUGGUGGCGACAAAGGGCAGCAAUUGGAUUGCCAUGCUCGCAUCCAUGGUUCCUCUGCUAGGCCUGAUUGGGCUGUUCAAGUGGUAUUGCAUGCGGCAGUUCGACGACAAGAUCCAGUAUUACAGCAAAGGCACAGGCGUGGCGGAAGAGGGCUUGAUGAGCAGCGGCGACCGGAAACGGCGCGGAGGGGAUCGUGCGGGCGUACGCUUCGGCCAUCCCGCACUGUUCAAACCACUCAUGACUCCGAUGGUGUCGGCGAAAUCACAGCACAUGCUCAAACAAGUCUAUAGUGGACGAACAUCAAUGGACGAAAGCGGCAGAGUUGCCGGCUUCAGCGACGUGUACAUGGAGAACAUGGACUCCUCCAAACCGGGUAGGGCUGCGGAUCCGACUGCGCCUUUUGAAGUCGUCAGCGACAACCAGCUGGACUACGAGUACUGGAAGGAUAAGCCGGAGUUCCGCGACGAAGCUGGUGGGAAUGGAGAGCUCUUCGGUCGACCGCCCGAUAUGAGUCGUCCGGGCACCCCGAGCACACUCUACUCUGGCCACAAUCGAAUGAGCACCUUGGACUCCACUCCCUACCACAGCCGCGACCCGUCCCGCGAUGUCUACGGCCACACCCGAACUGACUCGGAUUCCGAGUAUGCGCAUGUGUACAAUGAAGACGUUGGCAUGGAAUACCCACAGGGCUAUCACCAGGCCCCUAAUAUACGAGAGCAGUCGCCGGUUGGAGCGAGAGCCGAGAGUCGCGAGCGCUUGGUCGCGAGUGCGGCGCGUAUGGGCAUGAGUCCGCCUCCGCCACCUCGAGUGUCUCGAGUGGCUGUUGGAUCGCGGCCGGGCAGUGCAUAUGGGCAAAUCCGAUCGGCGGGGCCCGAGACGCCGUAUUACUCCACUGAUGAAGAAACCUCUUAUGAUUAUUUCCGGAGGGGAAGGAUGUAG